AUGAUUUAUUGCUUUAGAUUAGAUAAGAAGGACCUAUUCAAAUAUCCAGUGACAAGAGAUAUGGCUUCUGAUUAUUACGACAUUGUGAAAACUCCCAUGUCCUUCGCUGACGUCCUUGAGAAACUCUCUCUCCACUUAUACCUCACUUUAGAUAAUUUAGCCGAUGACCUCUCACUGAUCUGGAAAAACAGCAUGCUUUACAACCAAAAAGACACAUUGUAUUAUAAAUUAGCUCAACGCCUGGAAAAAACUGCCGAAUCAUUGAUAGCCGAA